AUGGAUCACGCUACGAAUGCGCCGGCCCCGCCGCCCACUCACUCCAAGCAGUAUGUCUUCGUCUCCGAAUUCCAGAGGCACAAGCGCCUCAAGGUCAUGCGAGCCUGUGAUGGCUGUCGGAAACGCAAAAUACGAUGUGACGGCGCUCUGCAAAACGGACCGUGGCCCUGUGGAGCUUGUGUGCGUCUCAAGCUGAAAUGUAUCCCUCCAACACUAUCCGACCAAGACGACGAUGAAUCGACACCAGACAGCGCUUCGGGCCAGCAGACCUUUUCCUUUCAAAAUACCACCUUCCCCACCAGCAGCCCCGUCAACAGCAAGCCCGGAAAUGGAGUUUCAACCCAACCUCAGAUGGACCACGAGUGGGCCGCGUCCGUACCGCCACACAAGACACCGACUGUUCACCAAGACAUCCAGCACGACUUCGACCCCAGCGCAUACCACCACCAGGCCUACCAACAGCAACUUCCUCCCCAGCCAGCAUACAGUCCAGAGCAGUACUAUGCCCAUGCUUCUGGACCCGCGCAUUUUCAACAAAGUGGCCAAACGCCAAGCUUGCUUCGUACGCAGACUGAGGCGUCGGGCAGCUCGAGUGGCGAUCCACAGGAGAUUGAUGCCUCUCUCCGCGAGCUCUCUGAGCAAAUGGGCGACCUGAAGAUUGACAUUACUUCUGCCGCGCCAUACAUCAUGAGGCCACACAACGCAGCCGAUGCCCCUGCGGUGGACGAGGCGGAAGUGAUACUACCGCCUUCCGUCUAUAGCGACCCAACCGCUCGGAUUCCGCCGGAAAUGAUGCCUUCUGAGGAACGAGCGAUGGACUACUUCAUGUACUUCUUCGAGCACAUUCAUCCUUAUUGCCCCGUGCUCAAUCGGGCCCAGUUUUACCAACAAUGGCGAACUGCUCGCGGUUCCAUCUCACCUUUGAUUUUGGAAGCUAUCUUUGCAUGUGUUGCGCGAUAUCUAGAAGAGCCGAUUGAAUCUCGAAAAUGGCUGGCCCUGGCAUCCAGGCACGAAGAAAGCUUCAAGGAUGUGCCUCGUUUGAGCACCAUCCAAGCUAUGAUUAUACUGAUGAAGGCACGAGAAAGUAUUUCGAAACGAGGAUAUUACUACCGUUCUUGGAUGGCCGUACGAUAUAUGACCAACAUGGCGAUUGAUUUGGGUCUUCAUGAACACAUUGACAAGCAUCUUCCCGAGGAUGUUUGUGCUUUGAACAAGUCUGAAUGCCUCAUUCACACAAGAGUGUGGCAGUCGAUAUUUGUUUUGGAGAUGUUGGUAGGAGCACCACAAGGCAGGACAGACUUCGCGGUUGAACCCGAGACUGUCCAAGUGAGCCUCCCUCUACCUUCACCUGACAUCAAUGCAUACGAACACCAGGCUUCACGACGAUCAUGUUUUAUGGCGCAGGCAGUCAAGAAUAUCAAAUUAUCGAAUCAUCUUUGGCAGACGUUGCGGAAGCAGAAGAAAGACUGGGCUCUUGAUCCCGCGUUCGUACGACACAACGAAGACCUACCGAACUGGUUGAGAACCCUGCCGGCAGACUUUCAGAUACAGCACCCAGAGGACGGAAGCCCGCCUUGGCUUGGUGGAGACCACUUUGUGGCGGGCCUCCAUACUUAUCAUCACCUGGUCGUGAUUAUGCACCAUCGGCCACAAAUGCAGGCGCUGCUAGAGAAGCGUGAUCCCGCGUUCAAGGCACAGCUGGAUAUUUGUCUGUCUUCUGCAAUGCAGAUGUGUCGCAUUCAGGAGGCUCUGUAUCGUGACUUUGGCUUCCAUGGUCUUCAUUUCAUGCUUCGCGGGGUCAACUUUACGAUCUACUGCGUCUUGACCUGCACGAUACUACAUUUGGCUGCAAUCACAUCUCCUGACCCGGUGUUCAACACCCAAGCUCGACUCUACUUCACGAGGCACAUGCGAGUGCUCGAGCACUGUCUUCCCUCUUCGCCUCCCGAGAUGCAAGUCCAGAUCAACGCACUGCGAGAAGCUUUCAGCGCAGACACUUCUCUACCCUUCGACCUGAAACCUACGCUGGGUCUGCGAAGUCCAAGCAUCGACAACCACCCGACACCUCCAAGCACAAACUCUGGCCCUACGAGCGCCCCAGUAACCAAUCAGACCUGGUCGAACCUGGAUGCAGCAUCUUCCAAGACCAUGACACCCACGACAGAGUAUGGUCAUCCAUUCGAUGCCAUGACUAGCCAAGGAAUCGCAGCCCGCCCACCGAUGUCUCAUCACAGCAACAGCUACGAGAUGCCUCCUCACACCUCUUACUCUCCCCAGCACCUGCAGCAGGUCACGUCUGCACCACAAAUGGGCUACGCCCUGGAACCAGUCAUCAGCAAUGACCAGCAGACACCUGUCUGGGAUCCAUCUGGCAUUUUCAACCAGUGGAAUACCGCGUUCGGAGGUGCUCAAGCUCCACCGCAGCACCCAUCACCUCCUGAUCCUCGCAGCAUGCAACCCACUUCUGCACCCAUGAUGCCCAAUCAGCAUUCGCCGCUCAGCGCCAAUGCAAUGUACGGCGCACAACAUCUUCCGGUCAACGCCACCGCUGUCGUGCCAGAUACGGCACCUGCUAUGCCGACAGUAACACCGGUAAUGUGGCAGGACGCCUUUACAAGCGCUUACGUAUCUGGACAUGGUCAGAAGAGGUACCGAGAGGCGAGUGUCGACCAUUCCGCGUAUGCCCAGUAUCCGACCAGCAAACGUCGUGGAUAG